AUGAUUUCCCCAGACCCAGUACCCGAGCUAGAAGCACGGCUAGUCCCCGCCCGGCCAGCGCACUAUUACCCGUCUAAGCAUUCUGCUCCCGCGGUACCAAGACUGUCUCCCCCGCACUCUGCUAGCCCCAAUACGGUAUUCCCCCGAUGCCCGGCCGUACCUCGCUCUGGAAACCUGCGUACCAGCUUCGAGGUUGACGGAUACGAGGAGGCAAGGACAGGUGAAAAGGACGACGACGACGACGAAGAAGAAAACGGCAAUAUGGCGAGAACACAGCGCGACGAAGAAGAUCGUGGUGCGGUGGCGCCCACGGGCGAAUUCGAUACCAAUGUGAUUGCGCCUGCUGAGGCGCCGAAACGAUCACCAUGGAAGGCGUGGUUGUAUCUCUGGGAAUGGUAUCCGAAGCAUUAUCCUGCCGAGGAGAGAAAAUUGCUUCGGAAGAUGGAUGCGUUUCUUUUGACGUUUUGUUCGCUCAUGUUCUUCCUCAAAUGGCUCGAUUCCUCCAACAUCAACAACGCCUACGUCUCUGGCAUGAAAGAAGAACUCCACCUCAACGGCAAUCAAUACUCCCUCUUCAGCACCUUCUACAACGUCGGCUACCUCGUCUUCCAAGUCCCCUCGCUGCUCCUGCUCUCCCGCCCCAAACUCGCAAAGUACUACCUACCCACCAUGGAGGUCCUCUGGUCCAUUGUCACCUUCACGCAGAGCCAGAUGCGCAACGAGCGGGACAUCUACGGCACCCGGUUUUUGCUGGGUGUUUUGGAGACGCCCGUGGCGAGUGGGACGACGUAUGUGCUGGGCUCGUGGUAUAGGCCCGAGGAGGUGUUUAAGAGGACGGGCGUCUGGUUUGUGAGUAAUAAUAUCGCCGUCAUGUUUGGCGGGUAUUUGCAGGCCGCUGCGUAUAAGAAUCUUAAUGGAGUCUCAGGCAUGGCCGGUUGGCGAUGGCUCUUCAUCAUCGACGGUAUCAUCAGUCUGCCAAUCGCCCUCGCCGGCUUCUUCAUCUUCCCCGGUCUCCCAAGCAGCACGAAACCAUGGUGGCUCACGCCCAAAGAACACCAACUCGCACGCACACGCAUGGUGUCCGCGGGCAUCGCACCGAGCAAAGAACUCAGCUGGACGGUUGCAAAGCGCACGUUUAAGCGCUGGGAGUUCUAUAUGGGCGUUCUGUGCUACACAUUCUUCCUAUCCUCCUCUUAUCCUCACGGCCAAAUGGCCAUCUGGCUCAAAGACCUCGCCGCCAAACAUCCAGGCGCCUACACAAUCCCGCAGAUCAAUGAGAUUCCCACGGGCGCACAAGGUGUCUCCGUCGUCGCUGCCCUACUCGCAACGUCGCUGUGCAUGGUCUAUCCCUUAUGGUCCAUCUUCAGCAUUGUACAGACAAUCUACAUCAUCGCCAACAUCUCGCUCUUGGUCUGGAACCUUCCCAAGGGCUAUCACUGUGAGUUUCAUCUCUUUCUCAAAGUCAAAAGAAGACAUUUCCAUGUUUCCCUUACGACCACUCGAGAGACUACUAACCAAGGAAUGAUGACAGUCGCAUGCUACUACCUCCUCGGCGUCUCAGCAGCCAUCACCCCAAUCCUCAUGCCCUUUGUCAACAUGGCGCUACGGGACGACGCCGAAGCGCGCGCCGUGACCGUGGGCGCCAUGUUGACCGCCGGUUGGGCCGUCUACUCCUUCUACCCCAUCACCGUGUUCCCCAUCGUCGAGGGGCCCAGGUGGACAAAGGGAUACGCGGUGAAUAUUUGCUUCAUCGUCGGUUGCUGGGUCACGUUCCUGGUGAUGCAGUAUAUGUACAAGAGGAGCGAGAAGAGGAAGCAGGAUAUGAUGAUUACGGACAUGGGCAAGGGUGAGGAGGAUCUGAGGGAGGUGGAUGCGGAUACUAAGGGGGGAACUGAGGUGGAGCAUGCAGAGGUUAGACGGUGA